AUGGAUGCCCGAAUCCAGGGCAUGCUUAGGGGAAAUGACUUCCAAGAUUUUGCAGAUGAUGAGGUCCUGCCUGACUUUCCAGAGGAGUCAUACGGUGGUAAUGAGGACGGCGAUGAUGCUAAUGAUGACGAUGGAGAAGAAGACGGCUCGGAGAUCUCGGAUGCAGACUCGGUCGUCUUUCAGCUACAAACCGAUAUGGCCAAGCUGGAUGCCGACGUCGCCGCAUUCAGGGCAGCUCAAAUCGAGGACGGUGAGGAUGUCGACUUUCCGGAAGGCCACCAAGGAGCAGCACGCGGCCGAGGGCGUGGUCGAGGGCGCGGGCGCGGUGGCCGUCGCCUACGCGGGCCGCGCAAGGCGGCAGAACCUACUGGCGAGAUCAAGUACCGACUGGGCCAAGCAUCUCUGGCUUUCAUGGAAGAGCGAUAUGAGGACGCAAUGGCGGUGGUGCUCGAGGUGAUUCGCGUCAAUGCGGAGACACAUCAAGCAUGGGUCAUGCUAUCGUCGAUCUUCCAGGAGAUGGGCAAGACUGAUGAGGCGAUGAUGAGCAUGGUCUUUGCCGCGCAUCUGCGCCCAAAGGACUAUCACGGGUGGAUGGCUUGCGCACAGUUCGCGCUUGACGAUAUCCAGGGAAGUCGCGAAAAGAAUCUGUAUACUGCCGGUCUGUGUUUCAGCGCCGCCAUACGGGCCAACCCAAAGAGUAUCAAGGCACGAAUCGGCAAGGCAAAUGUCAGCCUCGAGCAGGGUCAUGCUACAUUCGCGGCGGCGGAGUACGAACGCGUACUGAAGAAACGCCCAUACGAUAUUGAGGUCCUUAGACAUUUUGCUGAAGCUUCUUUCGACGCAAAGGAUUCGCACAAAUACGUCCAGAGCUCAAGGGAUGCCUAUCAACGUCUCAUUACACAUGCACGGGGUGGUGGGGAGAUCAAGAAUGGAGAAUUCGAAUGGUCAGACGUCUUUCUCUACGGAGAGAUGUUCGCUUUCCUUGAGCAAUACGAAGCUGCCAUCAUAGCGGUACGAUCACUCUCGAGGUGGCUCCUCGGUCGAAACGAGGAGUCGUUCUGGGAGCAAUUCGAGGAAGAUGACCGAGAAUGGGAUCGCGAUGAUGGGCGUCGGCUAGAUGUUCUGGAGUAUGAGGCGGGACGAUACCCUCUCGAACUUUAUGGCUUCAGCCUGCCCCUGGAUCUACGAGCGAAGCUAGGCACCUAUAGGCUCAAACUUGGGCAUGAAGAUGAAGGGCUGCGACACCUUUCUUGGCUGAACCCCUUCGAUCCCGCGACUGAGGAUUUACUACAGGAUACUCCUUUCGUCGUGAAGGAGAUUGCAACACAGCUAAUCGAAAAUGAGAGGAUCGGUAUGGCCUUGCAGUACUUUGACCUAUAUCGGAAGAUCGUCAUAGAGCCAGACCCAGAGGUCCUCGUUCAACAAGGUCAAUGUUAUCUCCAGAUGCAGGACGAGUCUUCUGCCGAGGAGUGUUUCUUGGCAGCUAUAGAAGCUGACGACAAUAACAUUGACGCUCGCUUCGAGCUAGCCAAGAUGUACGAGAAAGCCCGCGAGGACGAAGAAGCAUUUAUUCUUGUUAGCGAAGCAAUGCAGCUUGAGAGACGCCAAGCUGAAGACGACGAGGAUGGCGAAGAAGACACAAGUGCUGAGCGCGGACGGAAGGCCAAGGUGUUACGUAUUCUCGCUCCGAAAAAACCACGAGAAAAGAAACCAGGCCCGAAGAGGGCUCCGCGUGAGAAAGAACCACAUCCGACAAGAUACCGACCAAGGCGGCUCGGAGGUGGCGAUAAACGACGGGAUUAUGAGAAUCAAGUCACUGAGAAAUUUAAGGAGAAGUACAAUCUCGUGCAGCAAUUGCGAUCGCAAGUUGCAAGUGGUGAUAAAGAUGUCGUUGCGAUGUGGAUGGCGGCUGCCAAAGAUCUAGUAGAUGACUUCAGAUCCUUCAAGGAGUUCUAUCCCUGGGAGAAGUACCUACAAUUCCUCGGCCACGGCAGUUUCUUCAAGGAAAACCGGAAAGAAGCGCAGAGAGGUAUUCAAGUCGGAGACCAAGGCAAUAGGGGCCUGGCCGCAAUGGCAGAGCGACUCCAGCACAACCUGGUUCCUAGUGAGACCAUGGAAGGUGCUCAGCAACUAGCAUUUCAGCGGCACGAGCAUCGAGGCAUUCCCUUUGACGCCUGGCUGGAGCUAUUUUUGGAGUACGCGAUCAGCUUGGCUCAAGCUCAGCAACCGCAGGAAGCAUAUCUUGUUUGUCAGUCUGCUCGAGACUCGAUCGUGUACAAGUCAAAUGACAGCAUGUUCUUGAUCCACGUCGCGUGGGCUGCGUGCGCAGUACAAGCUGGAGACGAAGAAACGUGUGUCGCUGUAGCGCGUUUCUUCAUGAGAAAUAAUUACGCCGCUACGGACAGUUACAGGAUGUUUGCUGCUCUCUGUCGAGUCUGUCAAUCCCCAAUUUCUUGGUACGCAUCGGGCCCGGCCCAGAAGUAUAUGCUUAGACAGAUUAAGGCUAUGGACAAAACGCUGCUUCCACCUGAGCAAGCCGCAAAAGUAGUCAAGGGGGAUGCGGCAGCACCGGAGGGAAAGGAUGAUCCUCGUCGCCAUGAGACGCUGGAUGUCUGUCUCUUGAUGUUAUAUGGCCAUAUCUUGUUGACGUCCACAAGCUAUACUUAUGCUCUGAGCUACUUCCUUCGAGCUCUUUCUAUUGAUCCAGAGAAUCCCAUGGUUAACUUGAGCAUCGGAAUUGCCUAUGUUCAUUAUGCCUUCAAGCGACAGGCUGAGAACCGGCAGUUCCUCUUGCUACAAGGCUUCAACCACCUGUUCCGAUAUUACGAAGACCGCAUCAAAUCACCUCUUUCGGCGGAGAGGCAGGAGGCGCAUUACAACCUUGGCAGGGCGUACCAUCUUAUUGGGACGUAUCACCUUGCUGCAGAAUACUACGCCCGAGUCCUCCGUGAAGCUUCGGAGCAUCGCCGUGGGGACGGCAGCUGGAAGCAGGAGGACUUUAUUGUUGAGGCUGCGAUGAAUUUGCGGACUUUUGCCAUCAUCAACGGUGACUUUACGACCGCGAAGCAACUCGCUGAGGAAUGGCUGGUUUUGGAGUGA